AUGGCUACCUCGUCGGCACCGCACCAGGGCUACAACGACGCGAGCCACAAUCCGUCACCGUCGUCCCUGUCCGACGCGACCCGCCCGCAGCGCGGCGCCCACCAGCAGCACCAUCAACGCCCGCCGACUGCCCCGCUCGACGAUGUAGACAGCGAUCAGGCACGCGACUCCGAUGCCGACCACGACGCACCCGAUGCGAGCCAGGACGGCGACGAGCAUGACGGCUCCUCGCGCAAGCGCAAGCGGCCCAUGUCCGUCUCCUGCGAGCUGUGCAAGCAACGCAAGGUGAAGUGCGACCGCGGCCAGCCCUCGUGCGGCUGGUGCGUCCGCAACAAUCAGCUGUGCGAGUACAAGGAGCGCAAGAAGCCGGGCCUGCGCGCCGGCUACGGCAGGGAGCUGGAGGCGCGUCUCGAUCGCCUCGAGGACAUGAUCCAACGCCAGCAGCACACCAUCCAGCAGCUGGCCUCCAAUCAGAACAGCCACGCCAGUCACGCCAGCCACGCCAGCCCCGGCUCUGCUCUCUCCCAGCACGACACUCCCGCCUUUCACCACACCCCACCUGUCCUUCAGACUCCUCACGUCCCCAAGCCCGAGGCUGCCCUGUUCCUGCAGAAAUCUUCUGCCUUCCCGCCCGCUCAGCCUGGCUUGUCCUUUUCUACUAGCUUGGGUCUGCCGAGCAGUCCCGCAAUUCACCAUGGUGGCAAUGCCUACCAGCAGCACAUGGGCCAUGGUGUCCGAGGCCACUCGAUAUCGAUACCCACCGGUGCCGGGGGAAUGUACGGCAACCACAACGCGCCAUUGGAGUCGCCGAGCCUCAACAUCUCCAUGAACCACCAGCCACAGCCUGCCAUCAGCUCGCAAGAGCCCGACUUUCCCCCGUACGACCUCUUGUAUGCCCUGGCCGACUUGUACUUCAAGCACAUAAACACCUGGUGUCCGAUAUUGCAUCGUCGAUCCACACUAGACUCUCUGUUUGGCUCGUCAACCCUGGAAGAAGCAGACCGAAUAUUGCUGCAUGCAAUCGUUGCUACCACGCUGAGGUUCUCCACGGAUCCCCGCCUGACCAAGGAGAGCCGCGAGCGGUACCACUCCACGUCGAAGCAGAAGGUCCUGCUUUACGGACUUGAAAACAGUUCUGUAAAAGCACUCCAGGCUCUCGUGAUUUUAGCCCUAGAUCUUGUGGGAUUUUCCAAUGGCCCUCCAGGUUGGAAUCUGCUGGCUCUCAUCACUCGUUCAGUGGUGCAGCUCGGCUUGUCAGUUGAAACUACGUCAAGCUUGGUCUCACCCAAUGUGCCCUCGAUUUACACACUAAGGGCCAUGGUGCUUCCUGAACCAAUGGAUUUCAUUGAAGACGAAAGCCGUCGAAGAUUGUUCUGGAUGGUAUACUUGCUUGAUCGCUACGCCACCAUCGCAACCGCCUUUGAAUUCGCUCUUGACGAAAAGGAGAUUGACCGCAAAUUGCCCUGCCGCGAGGACGUCUUUUCACGAAACCAACCCGUCGAGACACGUUGGUUCCGCACCGUGAAGCGAACAGACUACACCUUGAACAAGCCUGAAAAUCUAGGAUCGUUUUCAUAUUACGUUGAGCUCUUGGGUAUUCUCUCCCAGAUCCAUCAAUUCCUGAAGAAGCCUGUCGACAUCGGGUCCCUGACAGACGUGGAGCAGUGGCAGCGUGAGUUCAGGGAGCUGGACAAUGCGCUGGCAUCGUGGAAGUACAGCAUCCCAAGUGAUUUUGGCAACAUGUCACGCAUUUACGCCACCUCAAAGGCCGACUCCGUGGUGGACUGCGGCUGGAUCAUGCUGCAUGCCGCUUUCCACACCACCGUCAUUCGCCUCCACUCCUCGGCGGCUUACCCGACGACCCGCUCCCCCAUCUUCACCCCGUCCUACACCGCCAUCCAGCGCUGCCUCACGGCCGUCGAAGCAAUCACGGGGCUCUGCGAGUACGUCAAGACCAACGGGAUGCUCUCGCAGCUCGGCACGCCCUUUGCGUUUUCGCUCUGGGUCGCGGCGCGCGUGCUGCUCGUGCACGGCUCCACCAUCGAGCACCACGUCGACCCGGCCAUCAACCCGCUCGUCGAGACGCUGCGCGAGCUGGGCUCGUACUGGCGCGUCGCGGAGCGCUACGCCACCCUGCUGCAGCGCGUCCUCGACGAGUAUCGCGCCAGCCGCCACGCGCCCGCCGACCUCAACGGCCAGCGCGCCACGCCGAGCACGGUCAAGAUCUUGGCGGACAUGCGGCGCUGUGCGUUUGAUCUGGACUUUCUCAUCUCGAGACAGCCGAAGCUGCUUGGCAGUGUUGGUGGUAACAAUAACAACAACACGGCCAACGGUGGUGCUGGUGCGGGUGUUGGCAGCAGCAAUGGUUUCCAGCAGCAGCAGCAGCAACAACAGCAACAGCAACAGCAAGGCGGAGCGGGUAUGCAGCAGUCGGACCAACAUCAGCGCUACAACAACAACAACAACAACAAUAACAACGGCCUCGCGGUCGCCACACCUGCGCGCACGCCGGCACCCAACGAACUCGAGUACCUCGAUGUGUUCGACUUCUUCAACAUGCCACGGUUGCCGCUGAACGGCGCAGGGGCGGCCGCUGGCGGCGGCGGCGCCGGUGCCGGGGCAGGAGGCGUAGACGGUACUGGUAAUGGCGGAGGCGAGCUGGCGGGUGGUGCUGGCGCUGGCGCUGGUGGUAUGGGACAACAGGGAGCUGGCGUGGAGAUGGGGGAUGGUUUCAAUAUUACGAAUUUCAUGGUGGAUGCUAGUGCGGAUUGGUUCGCUAUGAAGGGACCGAACUGA